GCCGCUCGACGUAUCGCGAUCCGAUAGUUGCUCGCGUAUUUCGCCGAUAUUGAGGAAAAUUGAAAAUUCUUGUGCGCCGUUAAUCCUGACUAAAUUUUCUUUAUUUAUUGCAGAUUGGCUAUUCCCUGGGCGAAAAUUACAGCAACAAUUGUUGCUCCCUCUGAUGCGAUAACGAUAAGCUGGAACGAUGACGGGAUAAUUGUAACACCGGAAGUGACAGGAAAUUACGGUUAAACGGUUUAAUUGGAUCGCCGAUGAUUUACUAUUUACAGUAAUUAACUGGGUUGGCCAAAUUGCGUUCGCUAUGUUUAUUUUCUAUCGUGUCGUUUCUGGUCGGCGUCGUGUUGCUUCUUCGUAUACAAACCGGAUCUGUUGACCGUGUGAAUGUCGUGAUACAUGUUGAUAACAAGUGUUGUUUGUGACUCUUCGUUCGUCUUCAAACUCGAUCCUGCUGUUUCAUUACCUGUGCAACAAACGACUACGGACUGUGGUUUAUAUACUUCGUCGUUACGCUGUAUUAAGGAAUUACGGAUACUCAAGGCUGCCGUCAGCCUUUGGAUCGAACGACGUGCAUCAGUAGCUGUAUCGAUUAUUACAUCGUGGAUAAACUAAAUCGCAUAUCGAACGAACGGACGAGGCAACAGUGAUGCAGAUAUCAGUGACACGAGUGAAAAAAUGCCCGGUGAUUAUCGCAUCUCUGUUAUUCGUGGAUCGGAUCACCCUGUGAAGUGCGCCGUUAAAUGCGAGAAAACCGAGCGUUGAAACUCUUCCCGUUUCUGGUUAAAGGUGUGAUAAGUUCCGGUGUGGAAAAGUGACACAGGAUUGUGAACGACAUCAGUGACUGUGACUGUGACUGAUCAGCCUCGAUCAAAUGCAUCCUUCGCGCCUGGUCGGAGCGCAGUUUCAAAUCGAAGAAAAGCUUCGUCCGGUUUAACCGCAAGCUGCAACUGCUGCCGCUGCUGCUGUCGGGAAGCAGCAAUUGUGACAGUGAUACCUAGUGACAGUGAUGUGGGUGCCAGAGCUUUUGCCCUCGAGUGCUGCAGGUGAAAGGAAGUCCGGUUAGUCGGGAAGGAAUACCGGAAGUCGCUGCAGGAUGAAGGCCGUUCCGCACUUUUGGCUCCACGCUUUCUGGCCUCUGCUGGCGCUGCUUUCUCGUCAGUCUGAAUGCGCCGCGAAAAACGGAAACGGGGGCAACGUCGUCGAGCACCACCAGCCCUCCUACUGGGAGCAGCCACCCUUCAGCCAACCCUACUUCGACAACACCACCCGAAGGGAAACCACCACCACCGUUGGACAGUCAGCCUACCUUCACUGCAGGGUCAGGAACCUCGGUGAUCGAGCGGUUUCGUGGAUCAGAAAAAGAGAUCUGCACAUUCUGACGGUCGGCAUUCUGACCUACACGAACGACCAGCGGUUUCAGUCGCUCCACAGUGACGGUAGCGACGAGUGGACCCUGAAGAUCAGUUCACCCCAGAUCCGAGACAGCGGCGUUUACGAGUGUCAAGUCUCGACGGAGCCCAAGAUCAGCCAGGCUUACCACCUCAGUGUAGUCGUUUCGAAGGCUAUGAUCACGGGGAACCCUGAACUCUACAUCAAAAGUGGAAGCGAUAUAAACCUGACGUGCACCGUGCUCAAGACUCCGGAGCCUCCGUCCUUCAUUUAUUGGUACAGGGGCGAACACGUUAUAAACUACAGCCAGCGGGGUGGAAUCAGCGUCGUAACGGAGAAACAGACGCGGACUUCGAAGCUGUUAAUUUCUCGGGCGCUACCCGCCGACUCGGGAAACUACACCUGCGCACCCUCGACGGCCGAGUCAGCCAGCGUCAUGGUGCACGUACUCAAUGGCGAGCAUCCGGCGGCUAUGCAGCACGGAAAUUCGAGUAAUAGCGGAGCGGCGACAAGGACAUUAGCCCUGCUUCUCCUGCUCCUGCACGCUGGUUCGUUUGCAAGGUGACUGGCCGGAAGCUUGAACCACUGACUACAUCAGCCCAGAACCAAGGAGCCCAUCGAACCCCCGAUUCGCAUCCCUUCGAUGACCCCGUGUCAACGGAACCCCGACUGCAGUUUCCCUUGAAUUUACCGCCCGACGAAUCAGCGCCCUCCUUGUCGUCAUAACUGUGAAAAAAAAAAAGCCCGAUGAUCGUAACGGUUAAAUUGUGAGUAAUAAUAAUAAUAAUAAACUAAUAACAACAAUAAUAAUAACAAUAAUAAUAAUAAUAAUUAUACCGAUAACGAUAAAAAUAAUGAUAACGAUAGUACGAUAAUGAUAAUUGUAAACUAUAACAUAAUAACCGAAUAGUGACGGUAGUUGAAAUGAUAAAUGAGUAAAAUUUACGAUGAUAUGUAUAGUUGUUAAUGUUAUUACUCUGCCGCAUGAGGUGCAGAGAAAUUUGUGACUGUGCGGCGGGAUAAAGUGAAUUAAUUAUAUAUAGGGACAGUGUUAGAGCGAAAAAUUGUGUAAAUAUGUCUACCUCGAUGAUAACUGUUAGUACGAUGAUAAAACGAAUGCGACGUAUUAACGCGAAGGGAAUACCGAAGUAUGAAUUAGUGGCUGUAUAAUGAUAGUUUAAUUAACGUGUCAUUUACAUAACUAAUCUCGUCGAAUUGAUGCAGAGACGCUUGUACGGCGACCGAGCGCGAUACGCCGGAGUAAUCGAUCGUUCUACGAUGCGAAGCAGCGUUAUUUUUUUUUUUUUUUUUGUUUUUUUUCUAAUUUAAACCCGCAUUUGUCCGCUCUCCUUAUCGUCAGUAAUUUUUUCCUGCAAAUACCGCAUGCGAAUUGAAUAUACCGAAUUUGGUGAAUUUGGCUUGUGUUGGGUUUUCCACUGUUGAUAAUAUGAUAUAAAAAAAAAAAAAAAAAAAAAAAAAAAACAGUAACAACAACGGACGUGGGUGUAAAUUUAAUACUUUAAAUAACGAUAAGAUCCCAAUCCUCUGUGCGGUGUUGUGUACCAACGGUAUGACGUAUUAUAUAUUACAUUAUAUAUAUAUACACACAUAGAGUUACGUACUUACGUAUAUUAUAUAUUAUAAAUAUUAAUUAUAUGAAAUUGACUGUUUUACUACUCACGAGACCAUGACAUAUCCAUGUAUAAUAUAGUUUGUAACAUUUAGGACGUAUUUUAUCGGCUUCGCUGUUAACCGACUACCCAUCGUGUGUAAUAGUAGAGUAAAUCUGUAUUAAAAAAAAACCAAAAAAAAAACAAAACAAAACAAAAAAAAAAAAGAAAUGAAAUACAAAAAGAAAGGAAAAACUGAAAUCUUGAAAGAGCGGCGAGCAUGGUUUCCAAUUUUUUGCCUCGUCAAUGAGGCACUUUUUUCUGUAAAUACAAUUGUAAGUAUUUUUUCAUGGGCUGGAUUGUCUAAGGAGAAUUUUCUAUCGCAGUGAUUAAAUCUUUGUAUGCUGUUGAAAAGUUACGUAAUCAUGCAAAGUGCAUCAAAAUUUCACUAGGCGUUUCAAUCAUUCGCUAUCAUCAUUCAACCCGCCCGCAUCAACUCAAGUACCGAUCCUUUCUUUGUUCCUUUAUCACGUGCAGUAUAAACGAAUCAGUGUCGGAAUGAUAAAAAAAAAAAAAAAAAAACAAUUAGGGUAAAGGAAACCAAAAAUAUACCGAUGACUGAAUAAUUUUUGAACAAAUGUAGUACCGUAACUUUUUUUCAUUUCUAAAAAGCCACUGUUUCCAUAAUUUCAAUGCGUUAUCCGUUAUUUCAUUAGGUACGAAAUUGGUCUACGAAUAGCCUGAAAUUAAUUUUUUUCGCUCCCGUGCGGAUAAGCCCAAAGUACCUUGUAUAUAAAAUCAUUGUAUAUUAUGAUUUGUACUUAUGCUUUAUCGAUGAACGUAUCCAUGUUAUUCAAAAUUCGUUUCAGGUUACAUGUAUCGAGAAUUCAUUCCAGACAAAGUGUGUGACUUUUCCUUCAUAAAAAAAAUUGCACAAUGAUAGAAUUGCACGAUGAAAAAAGUCAUCUUGAAUCGACUUUGAAGGGAAAUUAUUUUCCAAUCAAAUUCAGCCACGUCUUUGCCUUUGUUAAUUUGAGUCACGAAAGUUUCGUGUAAAGUUUCUCUGAAAUAUACAACUGUUCAAUGAUAUUUAAAAAAAUACUUUUUACUCAUCGCACUCGGUUGCUGGAAGAAAAAUAUAUUGCAAUUGUAAAUCUUAAUUCCUACUUCGCUAUUUUCAAAUAUCGUUCACGAUCCAGCUACCUCACGAUGGAAAUUUGUCAUUUUUACCCAAAUUUCCCCUGAGGCGAGUCACUUCUUGCAAAAUAUACAGCAUCGAUCUACAACCCCCAUUUAUAUUGAAAUAAAUGUAACGAUAUCGAGGACAUGAAAUUUUCCUGACGGAUCUUAAAAAAAAGGGAAAAGAAAAAUUGGCCAAAUAAAAAUGACAUUAUUUUAUCCGAACUCAUGUACCUAAUUUUAUUCAAUCAGCGAACGUUUGGCUGUCAACUUUCGCCGGUUCAAAAUGUUGUAACAAAAAUUGUUAAUGGUGCUGGUUUUCUGCCGGAUCACCUUCGACAAACACCCACCGAGUAUAAGUGAAAAACAGCCGGGGGCAAAAUACGCGAAAUCAAAUGUAAUUAAAUGAACUGAAAAUAAGUGAAAUGCGGUGUGUUUUUUCUCGCUAUUUCUCGCCUUUACACGAUUUUGCCGUUUCACACUCGCAGCAAACCAUACGAUCCAACGAGUGGUAAAAUAAACCGAAUCAAAAUCCAGGUUUCAUUGCUUUAAACGUUACAUAUAAGUUGCGCCGCUAUUAAUUACGCCCUUCAUCUUCAAAAGCAAACCCCUCGAGUCCGAUCUACGCAGGAAAUUUCAAUAAAAUUCGAGCGGCGGAUAAUUAACAAGCGUACAUAAAAGAGAGAGAAAGAGAGAAAACGAGCCAGAGAGAAUAAAUUCAGCAUGUUUUUUUUAUCAAUUUUAACGCAGGGUGUGUUUGUGUGUACGUCACACGCAGCGAAUUCGUUGUUAAAAAACGCUGCCUAGAGUGAAAAUGCCUCAACUUUUAUCAUGCGAAGCUUUGCGUUCUUUUUACUGGAAAAAUAUUGCUUAAUUAAUCGCCCUUCGAAGCAAUUCAAUUUCCAGAUGAAACUUUCGAGGCAUCCUAUAUUCUCGGUAUGUGAAAAAACAAGUUGAACGGCAUUUUUCCAAAGUCUAAUUUUUCUAAAGGACAGUUUUUUGCUUCAAUAACUCACAAACUAUCUCCAAGUACGAGAUCAUUCUGGAUAAUUGUUAAUUCAAUAAGUAACAUCCUUUCGAUGUUUAAUUUUAAAUUUAAUUUUUUUUUUCUAAAAAAAUUUACUUCUCACGUUUGAUCAGUUUUCUGCCAGCAACUACUUGAUACUGAAACGGGUUUCACGGUGAUUCAGUCAAAGCCGGUGUGAAUCUACAUUUAUUCAGUUACCACGUACUCGAAGAAAUGAAACAAAAAUUGAUCAUUCAGGUUAUUAAAGACGGAGCUUUGAGCCGAGGAAUCGGUUUAACGCGCUGACUCUUAACAUUAAUCGUAACACUGUAAAUAUACAUUUCCUACAAUUAAUUAAAAUAAAUAUAACAACUGACGUUGUACACCUAAAAUAAGUCUUCUACAAACGUGAGAAUACAUAGGUAUAUACUAUAUAUAUGUACGUAUGUGUAUAGAAAAUGUCGACUCCUAAUUGCACCGGCAAUUUCACGAUGCUAAAUUAGAUUACGGUGUGAUUGGCCAGACCUUACGUAAUUUCUGUGAAUACGUAAAAUUAUAUAUAUAUUAAAUAAAAAAGAAAGAAAGAAACUACAGUCUAAUUCCUCAGUUGAUCAUGCAGGCAAAAUACGAUCUUGAGACAAUGUUUUACAGAAAAUAUUCAAGUUAUCUCAGCUGCUAAUUGUCUCCUAGUUAUCUUAAUCCGAUUCCACUUUUUUUUUCUUUUUUUUAUAACAAAUGAGAGCACAAUGAUUUUCAUUUUUAAUUUGUACGAGAAGAAUUUUUUUUCUCAGAAAAAUUAAUAUUCUAUUUUCCACUUUGCGUAGAAUAAAUAAUUCCAUUAUUAUUACAGUAUUGUUUCGAGAUUUAUACUCAAUCGUGAAAGUGAAAAUUUGAAAUUUAAUAAGGUAUAUCUGGAUUGGUGGAUUAUCGCUGUCAAGAGAAAACAAAAAACCUCAUUUUUCAAAUCAUUUUCGACUAGUUUAUAUUGUUUCACGUAGCAUCAAUUUCACGGCUAGAGGUUUAUUGGAUUUUUUAAUUAAUUCGUAAACGUGUCUGAUACCAUUCAAAUUUUUGUAAAAUAUUCCCACUUUUAACACAAUACGUAAUUUCCAGUGAAAUGAAAAAUCGCGCGGAUUUGAGAGUAAGAAAUCUUUUUUUUUUUUUUUCGUUGUUAGGUCCUAUAUUGAGCGAAAACUUAUCUUAUUUCAACGAAUAAACUUCAGUGUGAAAAAAAAACGUGUAAAAGAAUAUUUCCGAAUCCUCCAAAGCGAACAAAAAAAAAAAUAAAUAAAAAAUUUAGGGUAAAAGAAUACGUGGAUACAAUAUUCAGUGACGAAGCUGUGGUUUAAAGGGCGUGCCUCGAGGGGUGAAAAAUCCUCGUCGUGAUCCGGCACUUUGCAAAAAUCUCCGCGAUUUCCCUCCUUAUCGUUGAAAACCACGAAUCAGAUGUUGUCCCUCUCGGAACGUAUACAACCUGAACCCAUAAAUACAUAAAUUCCACGCUCUUGAAUGUAUACUCACGGUAUAUAUUCACAAAAUUCCGGGCAGCAACGCAGUUCUAAAUGUAUCUGCGUAGCAGGCCAUCUUCUUUUCCUUCAUCAGGGUCUAAAUUAGGCUCUAAUUAAGAAGGACGAAUGAAAUAUGAAAGCUACUUGUAGAACAGCAGCACCAGCUGCGCCACUCCGAAUAAUGUUUCUUCAAUUAUUUCGUUGUAACCUCUCGCUAUUUUUUUUUUUUUUUCUUUUUCGUCCCUCUUUCCAUUUGUACUCCACCUUCCUUUUCACCCUUGUUCUUAUUUUUCACCGUUAUUUCCCUCUCGACGACAUGCGUAGAUCAUUAUAAUCGUAACUCAUGAGACGCACACAAAAACAAAAAACACACAAACGCAUCUGUACCUACACGUACGUAUAUGUAUGUGUAUACUUUUAUACUGUGACUGUCGGGCAAUGCUAAUGAUACGAAUAUAUUUUAUGUUUAAUGCAUUGUAUUAUUUAAGAAAUAGCAAUUACAUUUUCACGUCGGACAAUUGAAUUACACAAAACAGUCAGAAGCCGUGAUCAUUUCAGAUUAUAAUACAAGUAUUGGAAGUGAUGACUUGCAGAUUGUCCGAUAAUGCGGUGUGAUUAUAUCUCGAUCGAUAAUGAAUCUAAUCAUAAGUAUAUAUGAAUUUAAAAUAAGAAACAAAGAAGGGGUACAUGAUGAAAAAAAAAAAAAAAGAAAAACUGGACACAUAGUGCA